GCAGAUGUUCUAUGAUACGAUAACUGAUGGGCAUUCUAAACAGAUUUGUCUUAUCUCUUGAAACUGUAUUGCUUUUUUUCAACAAAACGUUGAUGGGAUUUUACAGCGAUAACAGCACAGGGUAGGCCCAAUGAUGUCACCGGUCGGAUUUAACCCACAUCGAAGACGAUAAGAAGUAAAAUAAAGUAUUUCAAUCCGUGGCAACCAUUACGGAUUGACGUAACGCAUAGGUGCAAAUUGGAACAAGAAACACAACAAGCUGAGAGCUGUACAUGACGAUAUGAAAAUCUACGAAUUGAUAAAGACAGCUGGACUGAGCAAAAUGCGUAUUUGCCAAGACACAUUACUAACUGUUAAGAGUCUCAGAAAUACUGCAAAUAGACGAGCUAGGAGUUGACAGCAUUUACUGAACACAAAAAGUAGAAGCAAAAUUUGGGGCAUCUGUGCAUCUGGCGGGACGAGCGAAGCUGAUUCCGAAACACUGUGGACAAGCACUAUAAAACUACUGUCAGAGCAAUGAAGACGCUCGUUUUUGAAAAUCUCAAUCGAGAGUUAAAGUAAGAGUUAAAGUCGAGAGAAAUAAGAGUUAAAGUUGUCACUGAACUUAAUGCAAGAAAGUUAUAGCAAACCAGAUAAAAAAAACACAGCUUGGUUGUUUUUCGGGAGCGUCUUGUGGGUCGAGCGAGAAAUAUCUAUUGUGGAACACUGUGAACAAAGGCUAUAAAACUACUGUCAAGCAAUGAAGGCCCUCGGGGAUAUUUAUUUAUAUCCUCUGGUGGGAUUAUGGGGUGUGCUGUUUUUGGUUUCGAUCAUAGGGAACACGUUAGUGUGCUUACGAUUUGCCCGUAGAAACCAACUCCUGGGGAUGAAACCAUUCUAUUUCUGCAGUUUAGCGAUAGCCGAUCUAAUCUUUACAAUUGCAACGCUGUUCUACGUUUUGAAUACAAUUCUACCGAACAGGCUAUUCGAACAUUUUAGCUGCAAGAUGUUUUAUUACAUUAUAAAUACUAGCCAUGGAGCCUCAGUGUUGAACUUGUUGUUGUUAACGUACUCCCGUUACAUGGCGGUCACCAGACCGUUAAAGGCAUACACACAGUCCCAAGGCGUGGCCAAGCGUGUGGGUGGGGUGUGGGUAUUAGCCCUCUUACCGUACGCCCCUCUGUGGCAUAUCUAUUCCGUGAAAAGCGAUGUGCGUCUACACAAUGGUCACUGUGAACAGAAGAUGUUCAACAACGACUUUAUAUCGGUGUACUACGCGCUUGUGAUAGUACUGAUGUACUGCGCCCCCCUUGCGUGUAUGUGCACUGCCUACGUGCGUAUCUCCACGCAUCUACGCGAUCGAAACAUACCAAACAUGGUGAACAAUUAUAGAAAGAGAGCCUUUAAGUUGCUUGUAACAUUAGCUCUUCUUUUAUUUAUUCUCUGGACACCGUUUAAUGUCAUGCUUUUCCUAAUUUUUGUACUGAAAAUAGACUUUAAGUAUCGCGAGCUGCUUUGGGGCGUAUCAAGUUUAUUAAUUCUAUUGAAUUCCAGCUUGAAUCCUUGGCUCUACAUAAAAGCUUCUCGAACAAGUAGUCGGAUUCAACUGCGUCUCAAGAAAAAGCAGAGACACCGAAUGACAGUUCGACAUCACCGCAGAAAAUACGUAGUCAACUCUUACAACAGAUAAGAGCCUGGACAUUCGAUAUUUGAUGAAGAGGUCACUGGUUUGUUGAUAUGAUGUAACUACAAGAGAAUUCGGGAUGAAGGCGUUAUCUUAAAACUGUCUAAUUAAAUUUAGUCAGUUUUCUUUCAGUUUGUACGAGAGUGCUACCAUGCUAUGACUGCGGACAUUUCGGGUCUCGACAAAGUCUUAUCAAGCAAUAGAGCAGCAGCCUUGUAUUUAUGAUAUCGUUUGAUUGAACGCAAGACCUGUAGAAUGCAAGCUAAAUACAGCGGACACUAUGGAGCUAUGACUGUUUUCCAUUGUCAUGAAAAAAUGAAGUAUUCAAUUUAUAUAGUGCUUAUACAGUAUCAAUCAUGUUCUACGCGUUCACAUUUUAAGGUGACCCGCGUCAAUUAAAAAGGACUGGUCUGGUGUACUAACCACUCAA